UGAGAGUGUUAACAUUUAUUUAGUGAAUUGGAGAUGAAAUUCACGUAGAUUAUAAAUCAAUUAGUGGAAGUGAAAAAUCAUAUGAAAGAUAUAACUAUUAAAUAUGUGAUUUACUGUUUUCAGACGCAAGGCGCUCAAAAAACAAAAUUAUAGCGUCCAAUCAGUUGCCUGUUGUGCGUUGUACGAUCAGCCAAUGUAAAGUAGAUGCAUCAAACUUCCUUACUUCUCGCAGUGGUGCGGUGAAACGCUAGCUCUUGUGAAAUUCCCGGCCUAAUAAGAUUUUAAAACUAGCAGUUGUGAAUUCAAAAAAUUGUUUGCGCUUUACAUUUUGUAACACAAUAAAAAAAGAAAAACAAAAACAAUGCUGACAAUACUCGACUUGCCUGACGAAUUAUUGAUGAACAUUUGUAAGCGAUUGGAUUACGAUAUCCAUCGUUACCACUGGGUGAAUGUGUGUAAAAGAUUCGAGUACAUCUACUAUAAGCUUUGUCACGGAAGGGAAGUUGAUGAUUAUUUAGUUCAAAAAUUUGGUCAUCAAAUCGGCACCGACGAUUUUCCCAUGCAAAUAAUCAAACGCAUUAAUUUAUCGAAAUCAAAGUGUUCUAAACGAUUUCUAAACAAACUACGCAACUCUCAUCCAGAGAUUGAAGAAGCAAAACUCUUUUCGUUCACUGAUGAGCAUAUGGCUGAGCUUUUGCCGUUGCCAAAUCUGAAAGUUUUAAUAUGCAUUGGUGAUUACGAUCUAAGUGGUAGAAAUUUGAUUGACCUCUGCCGACUCACUGAGCUACACAUUUACACCGACAAAUUCAUAUAUUCGGAAAAUUUGAUUCACAUCACCUACCACAAUCCACUGCGAGUGCUAGUAAUUCCCAAUGAUCCGGGAGUAUUUUCCGAAAAGUACGCGUUUGAAAUGGUCGAAAACUUAAAGUAUCUCGAGGAGCUUGUGGUUCAAUAUAACCACUGCAAAUCUUGGCAAUUGAUUGGCACUUUACCCCUACUAAAGAAGCUUGAGAUUUGGGAUUUUGCUAAUCACGAAUGUGACUCAUCCCCAGAGAGACCCGAUUUAUGUGAAACGUGCGCUCCCAACCAUCACAAAAUCCUAUUUGAUGAACUGCGCAAAAGAAAUCAAUUGGAGGAGCUCACUUUCUAUGAUGGUUAUCUAUCUGAAUUUCAUCUAAACGGAAUUUCUGAAUUGAGAAGCUUGCGGAUAUUGAAAUUUUCGCGUGGGGGUAUGUCACUCGAAGUCUCACUCGAUAUAUUUAAAGAAUUGAUUAAUUUGGAGGAGUUACGUUUUGAGUGCGCCCCAAAAAUAAUUCCAGAAGAAUCACUCGAAUUUAUACAAAAUUGUCAAAAAUUAAGAGUCAUAAAUUUUGGGAGCGCAACUGGCAUAAAUGCGAACUUUAUUUUGAACGCAAAUGAUAUCGUAAGUAAAAGGAAGUCGUCAACGGUUAAACCUUUAAAGCUUGGAUUCAGCUUUAUCUCGAACGAAAUGAUAAGAGGAUUGUGUACUCGGACACCAGUUUUGCAUAUAAGAAUUACGACCUUAAGAAGAAAAUAUGUUGCUGCAGGAGGACCGUCUUUGAAAAGUGAAGAGGAAUGUGCAAGGAGGGAACUUUCAGCGUUGACGUGGAAAUUUAUAGACAUGAGUAAGGUAGCCGAAGAGACGGAAGUUGACAUGGAAAUCAUUCGUGGUAUGGAAGAACCAGAUGAAGAUGGCUGGCACUUUGAUUUAGCAGAGGUCUUCCAUGAUAUACUAUAAUUUAUAAUUUGAAGAUUAUGCAGCAAAACGAAAAAUAAACAAAAAAAGCAA